CAUGUGCUCAUAACCCCUCCAAAACCCCUCCAAGUCACCUUUUAUCACCCGCGCACAGCGAAGAGAGGAGCAGAGAAGAGCAGACCAGAGACAGCUGCACUAUGGCGACAUCAAUCAUCACCUCAGUCGGCCUCAAGUCAUUGCCCUUGGUGGCCGAGGGCAAAGUGAGAGAAAUCUACGAGGCCAGCAACGACACGCUCCUUCUGGUCACCUCUGACCGCAUCUCUGCCUAUGAUGUAAUCUUGGAGAACGGCGUCCAGGACAAGGGCACCGUUCUCACUCUACUCACAAACCACUGGCUCAAUACCGUCCUGCCCCAGCACGUUCCGGCGCUGAAGCAUCAUUUGGUGUCCUUGAACAUCCCUCGUGCGCUUGACCUGAGCUCUGAACAGAGGGCUAUACUUCGCGGUCGCUCCAUGAUUGUCAGAAAAUAUCGUGUCUUCCCUAUUGAGGCCAUAGUACGCGGCUAUAUCACCGGCAGUUCCUGGUCUGAGUACAAGCAGAAAGGAACAGUGCACGGCAUGCCACAGCCGAGCGGGCUAGAGCAAUGUCAAGCCUUCCCCGGCGGUCCUAUUUACACGCCGUCCACAAAGGCGCCGGUUGGUGGGAAGGAUGAGAACAUAACCCCGGAUCACGCGCGACAGAUUGUAGGCGACAAAUAUGCCGAUAAGAUCGAGAAUCUCGCCUUGGCCAUCUACAAGGCCGCACAUGGAUAUGCUCUCGAAAAAGGAAUCAUUGUCGCAGACACCAAGUUCGAGUUUGGACUUGAUGAGGAGACGGACGAGGUGGUGCUGAUUGAUGAGGUUCUGACACCUGACAGCUCGCGAUUCUGGCCAGCUGCAGACUAUGUGCCAGGGCGCGAUCAGAAGAGCUUUGACAAGCAAUACCUACGCGAUUGGUUGACUGGCGAAGGCCUCAAAGGGAAGGAAGGCGUUUCGAUGACGGGAGAUGUCCAAGCUCGAACAAGUGCCAAGUAUCUCGAGGCGUUCCAAAGGCUGACUGGAGAAUCCUUGGACCAAGCACUGGCCAAGCUGGAGAAUUAGCCCGAUCAUCGAGGUUCUAUCCGAAGCGGAGAUCGCUCUCUUUUUAUAGACAUGGGUUGAAUAGGACUGCCUCAAGGAGGUGGCUGUUGAGGUUUCCAAGAUACGGGGAGUGGAGUUGCGCUGUGCGAAUAUUAUUAAAUGGAGCAAUGGUGAUCCCAGUCAUCUGAAAAAAGGUGACUUCCAAGAAGAUACGGAUCAGGAGGUUAUGCUAUAUGUAUGUCAAACCAAGGAUGAAACCUCUUGGUUUCCGUUUAGCACGAGUUCGGACACCGUGAUCUUACGGCGAGGAAGUGAUCAACGUAAUGGCGG